AGCGUGUUCGCUCGUGCUUAGUGUUUACAUCCGCGCACGAAGGAGAGCCGCGCUGAUUUUUCCACCAGUCUAAUCUUGUAGUCGGCGCCGAGCACAUGUUAAAACAAAAGAAAGCCGCCGAGACCGUUAGUUUUUUCUGCAUUUCUUGUCACGUUGUGAUUUUUCAGAAUUGUUCUUAAAUACCUACGAUGAUGUGUUAAGCUUCUGUUCCGCGAAUAUUGCUAGUCUAGUUGACCGUAUAGCAGUUCACAAGUUUUUUGAAUUUCUACACCCUGCCGAUAUUUGUUAUUCAAUUGCAAAUUGUGAUCGUGACAGUGUGAUGCUGAUGAAACAUGUUGCCCCAGUACAAUGAAACUGAAUUUUGUGAGCGAGUCAACGACAAAUACGACGAGUACAACUUCAACGUAGCCGAAGUGGUCGAAAUUGACAGCUCGGCAGAUGAUGUCGAACUCUAUGAAGUCCACAACGACUGCCUGUUGCUCGGUGUUGAUCAACGAAUUUCUCCUCGAGCACCUGCCGCCGAUCUCUACUAUGACAGUUCCCAAAGCCCAGCGCUGAUCGCGCCUGAAAAAGGAAAUACGAAUUUUUUCAACAAAGCGAAUACCGAUUUUCCCAGAAUUGAUGAAGUCACGUCAUACCAUGACUCUUCUUCUGUACCAGAACUGUAUCAGAUAAAUAGUUAUAGUAGUAAUCUUCAAGAAAUUGAUCGGGACGAUGUUGUGGCUCUUUACAGUUCUGAGGAUUUGAAUAAAAUAGUGCAGUCAUUUGAUGAUAACCAAAAUGAGUCUAUGUUUGACGAAUUCAUUUCACCGAUAUCAUCAGACCCAAUGGAUGUCGACUUUUCGCUUUCAAAUGGAUCUACUGCUAUGCCUCCUGAAAAUGAUAUUUAUGAAAUAGGAAUUUUUCCAAAAAAUUCAACUUUGGUGGAAGAAACUACCAUAAAAAAUAGUUUCUUAGAAAAAGCAAACUUUGGAUCGCUAACAAACAAUAAUGAAAAGGAAGAAAAAUAUUUAUUUGACAAUGAUGCUGAAAGUUGUAGUAAGUCUUUUUCAAAUUUGAAUAAUGAUAUUCAUUUUGAGCAUUGUAACAUUGCAACCGAAAGAACCAACCAAGAAGAGACUAGGAUCCAUGAGGCACUGACAGUAUCACCUACCUUAUUUCCUUCUGCUACACAAAAAUCUAGUCCAAAUACCAUUGAUUUAAGUGAUAGUCCUAUGAAUGAAGAAACUAAAAAGACCAAAAAUGGUAACGCCAAAAUAUUAGCAAUAUAUCCAAAACCUCCUGCCAAAGGAGGAAUAUGUAUUACAUCUGAAGAUUACAUGUGUUUGGCUGCUGGUGAAUAUCUUAAUGAUAUAAUAAUAGAUUUUUACCUAAAAUAUGUACAAGAAGAAGUAUUGUCACCAAAAGAUCGAGAUCGUACCCACAUAUUUAGUUCUCAUUUUUAUACUAGAUUAGUAAAAGUACCAGAUUCUGUGGAUGGAUGCGAAGAUAUUAGUUUAGCUGAAAAACGGUACGCUGGAGUUCACAGAUGGACUAAAAAUAUUAAUAUUUUUGAAAAAGAUUUUGUCAUUGUCCCUAUUAAUCAACAUUGUCACUGGUAUCUUGCAAUUAUUUGUUUUCCCGGCUUGGUUCUUGUUGAUGAUCAAGAGGUCAAUACAAAUAUUGGAAGAAGUUGUAACCAACAAAGAACAUGCAUCCUUAUUUUUGACUCCCUUUCUAAUGCUGUUAAAAGCAAAGUAACUCGAUUAUUAAAAGAAUAUCUUCAGCUUGAAUGUGCAUAUAAAAUCAGUAGAGAAAAAGCUCAUAAAUUUAAUAGCAUUAAAACUUUUUACCCAGUAUCACCAAAACAGACAAAUGCCACUGAUUGUGGACUAUAUAUGUUGCAAUACGUUGAGAGUUUCUUUGAAGACCCCAUAAUUCAAUUUUCAUCUCCAAUAAGAAAUUUGAGUAAAUGGUUCUACAAAAGUAAAGUAAUUGAUAAACGAAGAAAUAUUGCUGAGAUAAUAAUGUUGUUAAUGAUUGAUUUUCAUGAUGGACAAUCAAUUGAUUUACCAACAAUCAAUUUUUCAGAUGAACUAUCAGAAUCUUUCUGCGAUAAUUCAAAUUUAUCUCCCUAUAAAAAAGGUUUUGAUAGUGAAGCUAAAAAAAAUAAUUUGAUUGUUGAUGAUGAUGAUGGUAUUGAAAUUUUUGUUCCAAAAUCUAAGAUAGCCUCCUCUAAAAAUUUAAAAUUAUCAAAAAGUUUAUUUGAAGAAUAUAGACCAAUUAAAACCAGUGAUCGAAAUAAGCUUAAGCUAAGCAAAGAUAAUUUUUUUAAAAAUGGAAAACCUAAUAUUGUUGAAAACGUAUAUACAACUUUAAGGAACAAAAAAAAAACAAAUCAAAAUUACCUUUCAAACCAGAGAAAUUUAAAUCACUCCAGAGAGAAUUGCUCAAGAACAAUGAAUGACAAUAAAGAUUCAGUAUCAUCCCUGAAAAGUAAUUCAUUUGGAAAUAAAAGAAUAAAUGCUAGUUCUUGUGACAAAAAGCCUUGUGGUAUCUCAGAUCAACCAACCAUGAUUUUCAAACCUAUAAAAAGAAGACUUUAUACUGAAACAAAAAGUUCUGAACCUGUCAAUAUUUCUCCAAUAACACAGGAUAAAUUUUAUAACUUUGAUUUCAAUAGGAUUAAAAAUGAAUCAGGAAUACCCCACACUUCAUCAUUCAAUGCUUUUAGUAAAACAUUUAAAAUUAAAAAAAAGGAAAAAAGUAUUUAGAGUUACAUUCUACUAAGAAUGAAUAAAGUUCAUAAUACUGAUCUAGCAAUAACAUUUUUUGUACGUGUAAAAAUUAUUUGUAAAAUAAUCAACAUGUGCAUUGGUUUGAUUACAACAUGGAAAUUAUUGAAUUAAGCUUUUGAAAAUUUAAUUAAUUUUCUGUUAGUUACUUGUGUUAUAAUGUAUUCUUAUUUUUUAAUACUUCCGAAAAAUUAUUGUUACAUCCCAUUUAUCCUACUGAGCACAAAAUAUUUUUUAAUAAGAUAGAUAUUAUUUUUUUAAAUGCGAAAUGCAUGACUUAAU